AUGGCUCAGAAAACCGAGAACGAAGAAACCGACUUCAAGGUUCCCGAAACGAUUACUCUCUGCGUUAACAACUGCGGCGUCACCGGGAACCCCGCCACCAACAACAUGUGCCAGAAGUGCUUCACCGCCUUCACCGCCUCCACCGCCACAACCUCCGGUGCCAUCUCCUCUCCUUCUGCCAGAUCCGCUCUCUCCGCGCGUCCUCAGAAGAGAUCCUUCCCCGAAGAGCCUUCCUCAACGCCGGAUCCUCCCUCCUCCGACCAAAACACGCCUUCCGAGGCCAAACGCGUCGUUAACCGCUGCUCCGGCUGCCGGCGGAAGGUCGGACUCACCGGAUUCCGUUGCCGGUGCGGUGAACUCUUCUGCGCCGAACAUCGGUAUUCCGACCGCCACGACUGUAGCUACGACUACAAAGCCGCCGGUAGAGAAGCCAUCGCCAGGGAGAAUCCGGUGGUCAGAGCCGCGAAGAUCGUCAAAGUCUGA